AUGACUAAUUCCUAUAAAAAGUCUAUGAAUAAAACUGUGUCUCCACAAUUACCACCUGGAUUCAGUUUGCCGGCCAUCACUCAUGUAGACCGUAAUUGGUUUGUCAUGUCCAGUGACCCCAUCGGUUCUGUGGUUACAAAAGUUUAUAGUGAUCGUACUGGAACGCAAAAUGUUAAAUAUGGUUUGGAGACUUUCGGGCCUCCAACACCUUUUAAAAUUGAUCCCGUUUCUGGUAUAGUUACUGUCAAUGAUACUUUAAAAGACAAGGAAAACCGAACUUAUUCACUAUGGGUUACGGCGUUCGAUGGAUCUUCAAUACCCCAGCGGACAGAAGUUAUAGCCUCUAUAACAGAUAAAUCUGGUUUUCGACCUAAUGUGCCACGGCCGCCACCAUUUGCUAUUCCCAAUUACCCUACCGUUCCAAUGCCAUCAAAAUUUCCUAGACCAUCACAAAGUACUCAACUAACUGAGACACAAACUGAAAAAACUGUUCUUGACACAACCACGGCAAUCAUCACAACUACAAUACCAUUCGACAAAGAACAAGAUAAUGAAAAGAGAGAUAGAAUACAAAAUGAAGAAAAUAAAAAAAAUAUAACUAAACCGGCAGUCGAGGAGACUUCAAUGGGAACUGAUAUGCCUUUAACGGUUAUACCUCUUAUAGCUAUUGGUGGAUUAGUUAUAAUUGUCGCUGCAGUAAUAAUAUUUGUUUGGAAAAAGAACAGUGUUAAUGCGAAGAUAAAAAAGGAUGACAUGAGCAAAGACUCAAGUGGCAUCGUGUUACAAGAUGCAACUAUGAACUUAUGGGACCGUCCCCGUGCAUAUUCUAAUCGUUACGAAUCCUGGGAUAGCAACCACUUACAGGCAUCUGAAGAAACAACAAUCAGCAAAGAAGAGCCUCGGGAUGCCUGGGAAUUUCCGCGACAUCGCCUUAGGAUAUUUAAUAUUGUCGGCGAAGGUGCCUUUGGUCAAGUAUGGAGAGCCCAGGCCAUUGAUAUUGAUGGUAAGAAAGGAGAGCAAACGGUGGCUGUGAAAACACUCAAAGAAAAUGCAUCCGAAAAAGAAAAGGCAGAUUUAUUACAAGAAUUGAAUGUGAUGAAGAAUUUGGGAACACAUCCUAAUGUCGUUCGUCUCAUAGCCUGUUGUACAGAUAUGGAACCAACCCUUGUGAUAAUGGAAUUUGUGAGUUUGGGUAAGCUUCAACAAUUCCUUCGAGAUUCUCGCGCUGAGCGUCACUACGGAAACACUCACGGGGGCAGCCAAUUUUUAACAUCACGGGAUUUAACGCAUUUCGCCUUCCAAGUAGCGAGAGGCAUGGACUUUUUGAGUUCCAAAGGGAUCAUACACAGAGAUUUAGCGGCGCGUAACGUGCUGAUAAACGACGAAAGAACGUGUAAGGUUGCAGACUUUGGUUUCGCUAGAGACAUCGGUGGCACCCACGUGUAUGAAAGGAAAAGUGAUGGACGCUUGCCUAUUAGAUGGAUGGCACCAGAGUCACUGUACGAUGAUAUAUUUAGCGUUAAGUCAGAUAUAUGGAGCUUUGGUGUCCUUCUUUGGGAGAUUGUAACGCUGGGCUCAACUCCUUAUCCUGGUCUGUCCGCAGGGGAUGUUAUGAAAAAAGUUCGGGAAGGUCAUCGCUUGGAAAAGCCAGAACAUUGUAGAAGAGAACUAUACAAUAUAAUGUAUUACUGUUGGGAAGAAGAUCCAACAUCGCGGCCUGACUUCAAGGAGGUUGUUGAAAUGUUAGAAAAGUUAUUAUGUACUGAAAUGGACUAUAUAGAACUUGAAAGAUUUCCCGAUCAUUCCUAUUAUAAUGUUCAACAUUUGGAUGGAGAAAAAUUGUAA